AUGAACUUCUCCAUCCCUGACGACCUAAAGCAGUACCUCGCCAACCUCGACACAUUUAUCGAAGAAAAGAUAAUCCCACUACAACAUAAGGACGAUAACAGCCGCUUCUUCGAUCACCGCCGUGAACACGCUCGAACCGAUUGGGAUAACGGUGGUCUACCGCGCAAAGAAUGGGAAGACCUGUUAGCUGAAUCCAGAAGACUCGCGGAUGAAGCUGGAUUUUACCGACUUUCGCUGCCAAAGCAGUAUGGCGGGCGAAGUAACGCGGACGGGCGAGGAAGCAAUCUUUGGAUGGCUGUCAUUCGAGAGCAUCUUGCAGCAAAAGGGCUGGGACUCUUCAAUGACCUCCAAAAUGAGCAUUCUGUGGUUGGGAAUUUUCCGGAUGUAGUUAUGCUUAUUAAUUUCGGGAGCGAGCAGCAGAAGAAUGAGUUUAUACCGUUGCGACUUGAGGGCAAGUUUCGGAUGACGUUUGGGUUGACGGAACCGGGUCAUGGGUCGGAUGCUACACAUAUGGCUACGAAGGGGAGGCCGGAGACGAGGGAUGGGGUCAAGGGAUGGUUGCUAAAUGGGUACAAGAGGUGGCAGACCGGUAUGCAUAAUGCCACCCACUGUUCGAUAUUUGCAAGGACGUCGGGGAAGAAUGGGGAGGUUAAGGGUAUUUCUUGCUUUAUUGUCCCUGUUGAUACGCCUGGACUCAAAGCAGAGUCGUACGAGUGGACGUUGAAUAUGCCUACCGAUCAUGCCACCGUCUCGAUCAAGGAUGUAUGGGUCCCUGAAACCGCCGCCUUGGGACCUAUACACAAUGGAUUAGGAGUCGCUCAAGCCUUUGUGCAUGAAAACCGCAUCCGACAAGCUGCUUCAUCCCUAGGUGCAGCUGUAUACUGCGUCCAGCAAUCUGUCGAAUAUGCCAACGAACGCGCGCCUUUUGGAACGCCCCUCUCGCACAACCAGGGCAUCCAGUUUCCACUCGUUGAACUCGCGACCCAAUGUGAAAUGCUGCGUCAACUUAUACGGAAAACUGCGUUGGAAAUGGACUCAAUGCCACACCACGAGAUCGAAAAGAAGAUUGGGGAUAAAGUGUCGAUGUGUAAUUACUAUGCGAACAGGCUGUGUACCGAAGCAGCCGACCGCGCGAUCCAGGUCCAUGGCGGGAAUGGGUAUUCGAGGCACUUUCCCUUUGAACACAUCUGGCGACAUCAUCGACGGUACAGGAUUACUGAAGGGAGCGAGGAGAUCCAGAUGCGCAAGGUGGCGGCAUAUCUAUUCGGGUUUGGUGGCAGGAAGAGUCUGGUGGAUGCGACGAAGCCCGAUUCGAAAUUGUAG